AUGACAAAAAACCCCGCUUUCUGGCUGCGAUGCGAAUCGAAAGAUUUUGAGCGACGGGCAGCUUUGACUCCCAGCACAGCCAAAAACCUCAUCGACUUGGGCUUUGAUAUCUUUGUAGAAAGAGACGAGCAAAGGAUUUUCAAGGACUCUGAAUAUGAAGCGUGCGGUUGCAUUCUUGUACCGCACGGCUCUUGGGCAUCCGCCCCUCUCAGUAUACCCAUCAUUGGCCUCAAAGACCUCCCGGUCUCGUCGGAGCCCCUACAGCAUACACACAUCUACUUCGGACAUUGUUACAAAAACCAAACUGGUUGGGAUUCCCUUCUUCGACGGUUCUAUAGCGGAGGAGGCACGUUAUAUGACUUGGAAUUCCUUGAAGAUGCUCAGACUAGACGACGUGUCGCGGCAUUUGGAUUUCACGCUGGGUUUGCUGGAGCAGCAAUAGGAGCCCUUGCAUAUGCAUCACAACAAAAGGAUGAAGUGUUGGGGAAGCUCAAGCCAUACGACAACGAAGGGGAAAUGAUUGAUGCUGUAAAAAGCGCCCUUCUAGGUGGUAAUGGUCAGAGUAUGAAGGUCCUAGUGAUUGGAGCGCUGGGUCGAUGUGGGAGCGGAGCAAUAUCUUUAUUCAAAAAGAUUGGGGUCGACGAAGCCAAUAUCAUCGAAUGGGACAUGGCUGAAACGGCAAAAGGAGGACCGUUCCAGGAAAUUCUUGACGUCGACAUCUUCGUCAACUGCAUUUACCUUCGGGAGAAAAUUCCACCGUUUCUAACCAAAAGCUUUAUCGAGACGGCCGGAGAGGGAAGAAGACUUAAGGUAGUAGUGGAUGUCAGCUGUGAUACAACGAAUCCGUUCAAUCCACUUCCAAUAUACUCGGUCAAUACAACGUUCACGAAGCCUACUGCCCCUGUUGACAUCAGUUCUGCCCUCUCGCCUCUCCAUGUCGUUUCCAUUGAUCAUACACCAUCAUUUCUUCCGAGGGAGGCUUCGGAGCAGUUCAGCCAGAGUUUAUUGCCUGCGCUGAAGCAAUUCUCGGAACGAGGCUAUGUAAACACAUGGGUAGAAGCAGAGAGACUUUUCAAGGAGAAGGUCGUGAAGGCUUUGGCGAUAUCGUAG